GGCUGAGUCUCGUAUGUCUAAAACACAUUUAAAGUCUGAAGCCACACUAUCAGCAGAUGAGCCAUGAUGGAGUUUGUUCACGUUGCUGUAGCUGUGCUCGGUCUUCUGUCUCUUGGACACUCAGCUCCUGUGACAAGCUGUGAGAAUCUAAUCCAGCCUCGUGAAAUCCACGGAAAUCAGCUGCUGGGCAAAUGGGUACUACUAGGAGAUAGUAGAAGCAUACCUGGUUUCAAAAUGCUGGUACAGACGCUUAUGGAAAAUUCCUGGGGGAAGAUCACCGCUGCCAGUGAAGUCGAUACAUUUCACAGUCUCCAAAUUCUAAAAAAGAUGGGCAAGUGCUUCACAUUGACAGAGAAAUUGACUUUGGUUAACAACACUCUCACUAGAUUGCACCCUUACCGAGUGUCUGCUGGCCUGCUGAAUACUGGCUGCCCUGACUGCCUUGUGAUCUACUCAAAUAUGACCGUGGGAAGAAUCGAAGUCAGAGCUCUCAAGCUCCUGAGUAGGAGAGUUAGGGUGUCUGCAGCUGAGCUGGAAGAGUUUACAAAGCAGGCAGAGUGUCUGAACCUACAACCACCUGCUAUCAUGGACUCGGAAAAGGGUUUGUGCCCAGAUCCAUCUCUUGCCCCAGAAACAAAUUUCACUGAUGUAACCACAGACACCAUAAGCUCUGAUGAGCUCAGCCUUCUAGAAGAACUUCUCAGUAGUGAAAGUGGAGUGAAGACCCUUUUCGAUAUGAUCCAAAGAAGUAUGGCUUCAUCCAAGCAAGACUGACGGCUCUGCCUGUGAAGAAUAUUGCCACUAAAAAUAAAGAUGCUAAAAAAGAA